AUGGCUUCCAUGAAUGAGGAAACCAAUGAUAUCAAGCUCCCAAGAUCGUCUAGGUUUUUUAACCAGGCAGAUUUGCCGGAUUUAAAGACUUUUCAGCUUAUGAAAAAUGAUAAACCAAUAUCAUUCAAUGGGCAAUUCACCAACAUAAACUACAGCCCGUAUAAUCUACCUCAAACAAAAACGAAGUCAAACUUUCCUAUGGAUUAUUUUCAUAUGCCUAGUAGGAUAUCUCUUGCAGACGUUCCGAAAGAAGAUGAUAUUCCAGUCUAUAGACUAAGUGAAGCAGAAGCAAAAGACCCCAUAAAGGUCAUCGAAGGAUUACAAGAAGAAGGACGUGAAUAUGGAGCAGUUAAAAUAAUUUUGCCUGACACUAUCUGUGGGAAAUUUAGGGCUUCUUUUCAAAUUAAUAGUGACUUGUUUUGCUUUCAAACUAAUAGGUUGUUGAACAAUUCCGUCAGCGAUGAAUUAAAUAACAGGUUAGAAUUUCAUAGACAGUUGAUAAGAUUUCACCUAAUGAAUAGUAAACAGGCAUAUAAAUCGAAAGAAGGAUCUAAAUCCACUAAAGAUACUGCUCAAAAAGUUCCAGGAUCAGAUAAUACUGCCAGUAAUUCUCCAUCUUUAAAUAUAAUUGAGAACAAAGUAGCGAAAGAGCCUAUCGAUAACUCCGUGGAAGAAGCUUCAUAUAUCGAGUCAGAAAAUGUAAACAAAUCUACUCAAUUACUGUCAUCUGAAAACCUUAACGGAAAAGAGCUGGAAUCGCGGAACUUGAUAUCUCCUAGUACGGCGGCAGAUAAAUCUGGCACUAGUGUCCCUGGCGACACUUAUGGCACUCAAGAGCCACAUUUGGGAGCUAAAUCUAUCAACGACUCUGAUAUACAUGACGCUAAUGCUACACUUAGCUCCUCUCAAGCCACCAUUGAAUCUCAUACCCUUAGUCGUGAUGUCUCAGAGACAUCCAUGAAUCACAUGGACCAAGUCUCCAAUGCAUUUCCAAAAGCCUUGGAACAUCAGGUAUUAUCCAGUCAAGAUAAACCUGCGCUGCUGAAUACUUCGGAAGACAAAAAAAUUGAAACUUAUCUGACAGAUGAUAAAUAUGAAAAGUAUUUUGGCAAUUCUUCAAAUAAAGAAAACACUGAUAGGGGCAAUUCAAGUUCCCCCGAAAAAGUGAUUAAACCCCCUGAUUUGACUGUACCUGGCGUGAAGUCUGAAGGACCUAUCGAGGAGCAAGUUUUAUUGCAAGAUAGCACAGAGGUCAAAAAUAUACAGAAAGAUUCAUUUGAUACAAGAUCCGUAAACACUGUUGAUCCAAAUAAAGGACCAUGUUUGCCCCCUAGAGACAAUCCAAAGCCGAAAAUGCCAAGCUUUCUCAAUAAGUUGCCAAUGAUAGACAAAAGACCAUUAGAUCUAUAUAAGUUAUUUAGGUCAGUACUUAUAAGGGGAGGUUUCAUGGAAGUAAUAAGCAAGAAGCUUUGGGCCCAAAUUGGUCGAGAACUAGGCUAUAAGGGAAAAAUCAUGACAAGCUUAAGCAGCUCUUUGAAAUCAUCUUAUCAGAGGAUACUAUAUCCCUUUGAAUUGCACUUGGGACAUAAAAAGUUUGAGCUUGCUGGAUUAAAGUACGAAAAUGAUAUUUCGAAACCAUAUGACAAGGACCACUCAGAAGAGGGCCUUUUGAAUGAAAAUGGGAAAAGACCAUCAGAAAAUGGUGAUAUUAAUUCUGCAUUGAAGAGACAUAAGACAGUUCCACCAUUAAUUAUUGGAUCAGCAAAAGAGUUUAAGAGAUCUUUGAAGGUGAAAUCAGCCAAAGGGUUUCUACUUAAUUCUUGUCAUUUAAUUGAUGUAAAGCAACCAAACACGUUUACUGUGAAACAAGAAGAUGAGACUAAAAAACGUGCCAAAAAAAUGGGUGAAGUAAUAGAGUCUCCAAUAACUCCAGAGUCUCAGCUAAACAGUGCCUUAAAAACAAUGUUCAUGAACCAAGGAUACUAUCAAGAUGAGUCAAGACUAAAAUAUAAUGGGAAAUACGCUUCAAUUUACUCGUUGAGGCAGUUUAUGGAGAAGGAUAUAAAGUUUCAGGAGUUUUUGAUAAAUCACAAUUCCUUUUACUUCAAUAAGAUGAACUCUAAUAAUCCUGGUAAUUAUUUUGCAUAUCACGAAGGAAGUUCAGUCACUGAGCGGAACACGAUUGACUUUAAAAAGUUUGAGGAGCUUUACUGGAAAUUUAUUUCUAACAAUGAUUUUAAUGGAUUGUUCGAUGGGAUGGAAUUAGAAGAUGGCACAAGUAUCCCUAAUUUUAUCAAUGGUUCAGGCUUCGUGAGAAUUGGUGACGAUUUUGUCAAUUACAAGCAAAAUUUAAGCAAUCUUGGCGUCAAUAAUGCUGGAAGUAAGGGUAGUCCAUUAUCACCAAAUCCAUCUACAAAUGGUAAUAUUGAGUCUUCAAUAUAUAAUUCUCGUGAAUAUAUUUCCAAGCUAAAUGAAGCUGCAUUGAAUCCUUGGAAUUUGCAUAAUCUUCCAAUCUUGCCUAAUAGUUUGUUUGGCGCAUUAUCUGAGAAUGACUUAAAUAAUAAGGAGUUGAUUUCAUCAAGACUUAAUAUUGGGAUGACAUUUAGUACCAGCAAUUGGAGAUGUGAAGACCAUUUCACUCAGCUUUGUAACUAUCAAUUCUUUGGUGCUGUAAAGAAAUGGUAUUUUAUUCCUGAGCUGGAAUUUGAAAAGUUUGAAGAAUUAGUUAAAGAGAUUAAUUUAAACCACAAGGAAAGAGUUAAUAUUAACAACCAGGAUUGGAAAAUUGAAGAAUUGGUAAGCUAUUUCAAAGAUAAUGAUAUUGAAUAUGACACAUUGAUGAAUUCGCUAGAAAGUAUGAUAAAUCCUACACCAGAAAUCCGGAUGAAACACCUGAAUUCAGACUUUCAGAACUUGAUAGAUUUUGCAUCAUCAGAAUUGAACCUUAAUCAAGAAUUUUUGAUUACACCGGAAAUGCUACGGAACAGAGGAAUAAAAUACCACUCGACAUCACAAAGGCCAGGUGAACUAAUCGUCAAAUACCCGAAAACGUAUUCGUCCGUUGUGUCAUUCGGUUUAAAUUUGAGCGAGGAGUCGAACGUUGCAACGAAAUGUUGGUUAAAAUAUGCACUUGAAGGAGAGAGAUGGUUAUCUAAACAAUCCGUUUUGCCAAACUUUUCCAUCAUAAGGCUCGUUAUAAAUUUGAUUCAACUUUACGAUUCUGGUAAAAAUAUCGGGUUCAAUUCUGAGAUAUACUCAGAGAUUAUGAAAAUCUAUGAUACUUUCUACAAUACGGAAAUUGAACUAAGAGCUAAAGUCAGAAAGUUGCUCAGUAUCAAAGAAUUAAUCUUAGACGAGAAGUCUUUAGCUGAUAACGAUUUGAUUUCUGACGACGAAUUGGUAUACGCGUUUCCUUCGAAAGUAGUUCUCACGGAGGUCGAAACAAACAAAUCAUUCGUUAUGGCGUUACAAAGCUUUCUUAAAAAUUUUGAAUCUAAAUCAAUAAACUUUGAGAAAUACAAGAUAGAAUUACACUCUAUUUAUUCAGAUGAAAGACUUAAAACUUUUUCAAAAAUUCUACAUAACUACUCCAUCAAUUACGAUGAUUGGAUGAAACAUUAUGAGCAUCUUAUGAAUGAAAAUUCGGAUUUAUCUUUGAAAGUUUAUAAGAGUUUGCUUGCCGAAGGUGAAAAAAUAUAUUCUGCAAUAUCAUCAUCCAGCUUUUUGACAAGAGAUCACUAUAGUGAGGAUUACGAGACAAUAAAACUCAAUACCUUCAAAAGCUAUAUUGAAAACUUGAGAUUCUUCAUAGACGAUUCUAAUCAGUUCAUUGAAGACUGUCAAGUUUUAUUGGCAAUAAAACAUCAACAAAGAAUCAGGAGUGGCUCCGAUUUCCAAAAAACAAAUGGAUUGAAUUUGCUUGUCAAAUUAAUCAAAAGAAUACCGUCUUUGAACUUUUCGUGCUCUGAAAUUGAUCAAAUACUAGAAUUUCGAAAUGAAAUUGAAAAUUUUGACAAAGCUUGUAAAAAUUUAAUUUCUAGACAAACUAAGAAUUUCAAAGAAUUUGACGACUUAAUUGAUCUUGGAGAAAGUUUUGGAAUAGCUUUGCCCUGUUUGUCUUUUCUUAUUCGAUUAAGAGAUAGGUUGAAAUGGAUUGAGAAGUUAGAGUUGUUAGAAAAAGGAGUCGAUCCGUUUUCUGAAAAAAGAGAGCUCUUUUCUAUCGAAGAACUCAGGGAUUACUUUGAAGUUGGAAUCUCUGUACUCGGAAAAAAUGAUAUUAAGUUGAUUGAGAAAGUAGAAGAGAUAUUGGGUAACAGUGAGGAUUUCAAUUCAAAAUUGACCGUCUUUUUAAACUCUGAAACCGCUAAUAUGAAAAACGUUAGGGAGCUAAACGAUUUCAUUGUCGCUUUCAAAGAGAACUUUUAUUUUAUAAGUAUCGAUAAUUACGAUCAUUUACUGAAAUUGCAGGCUAACAUAGAUUUGAUUGAAUGGAUCAACAACUUUAAAGAGGAUCCUGAGAGGUAUUCUUAUCAAGAGGUGAAACAGAAAGAAAAUUUAAUAAUUGAAUCCGGUCUUCAUUUCGACACUUCCAUCUUAAUUGGUGAAAUGGAAAAGGCAGAAAAAUGGAUUUCAAAAGCUUUAAAUCUUGUAAUGGGGAUUAAUUUGGUAACAACAAUAUCAAAGCCUAUUACGAAAGAUGAUCUCAAUUCUAGGCUUACUUUGAAUGAGUCUUUAAUUGAGAAAAUUUUUAAAGUAAUGGACAAGUUGGCAUUUAGCUUCUCUGAGGCUGACGAUUAUCAAAAGUCAUCGUCAUAUUUUACUAAAUUCUUGAAAGCAGGGGAGCCAGCUCAAAAAUUUUAUUGUUUUUGCAGGGAAUAUGAAUUUGAAACAAUGACGGAAUGUGAUAAAUGUAAGGAAUGGUACCAUCUUCAUUGUAUCCAUGAGGGAGGGUUUCCUGCUCCUUCCAUAUCUGAGGAGGAAAUCUACAUAUGUCCGGUCUGUAAACUUGUUGAAUCCAACCUGUAUUCAGACCCUUUUCUAUCAAAGAACUCCUCGUACACUAGCUUGUUAGCUUUGAUGGAUGAAGCAUCCAGGUUAAAAGUUUAUCCUAGCAAUGAGCUUGAAAUGUUUGAACGUUUGAUACUGAAGGUAUCGUUAGCCUUUGAGACGUUAAAACUGCGAUAUGAUGCCCAAGAUAUUCAGCAAACUGACAUGAAAUUAGAUGAGUUGAUGUUCAUGUUUAGAAAAUUUUAUGGUUGUGGUAUAGGAAAUGAGCAGCUUGCAGCAGAUUUCCUUUUAGAAAUUAGACUGCUUGAAAAAAGACAAGAUCUGGUUUCUUAUACAUCACGAGCAAUUACUCCCCCGACACCUCCAGUUACUAAUUCAUCUGUGGAGGUGCCUGAUACUGUCACGUCCCAAGGGAUGAUCUUAACUUCUCUUCUGUCUAAUACCCUUACUGCACCUAUAAAUAAUUUUGCAACUUCCCCAUAUAUUCCAACUAUUGCUGCGGCUCCUCAAGAGCAGCAUGAUAUAACUCAACCUUCAGAUCUAUCUGAGACUCUUCAAGGUGACUUUUAA